AUGGCUCGUGUCGCCGGCUGCCUGCUGCUGCUGGGUCUGUGUGGGGAGACCCUGACUGCAGAGCCCCCUGCGUCCACACACAAUGACGAUGAUUUAGACUUUGUCUUUCCUGCGGUCAGCUAUGAGACAGGGGGCUCCCCCAGUUCGGGGCCCAUUGGGGCACUCUUUGCGAUGGUGCACACCUUCCUCCAUGUGGUCCAGCCUCACGCCUUCCCUGAAGAUACCAUCAGGAAAAUUAUACAGAACAAGUUUGACCCCAUCAAUAAUUAUGAGGAGCCAGAGAACGUGGUGUUGACUCUGAAGGUGGUCCACUAUGAGAUCGGGCUCAUUCUCUGUGCCGUCCUGGGACUGCUGUUCGUGGUUCUGAUGCCCCUGGUGGGGCUGUGCUUCUGCCUCUGUCGCUGCUGUAACCACUGUGGGGGCGAGCUGCACCAGCGGCAGAAGAAGAACGGGCCCUUCCUCAAGAAGUCCUUCACCAUCUCGCUGCUGGUCAUCUGUGUACUCAUGAGCCUAGGCAUCCUCUACGGCUUUCUGGCCAACCACCACAUCAGGACCCACAUCAGGACCACGCGAAGACUCGCAGACAGCAAUCUCAGAGACCUGCGCAAGUUCCUGAAUGAACUCCCGGAGCAAAUGGACUAUUUAGUGAGCCAGUACAACACCACUAAGGACAGAGCAGUCUUGGAUCUGGACCAUAUUAAACCGUUACUAGGAGGCAAGAUUCAUAAUAGACUAAGACCUAAAGUGAUCCCUGUUCUUGAUGACAUCAAGGCCAUGACAAUAGUCAUUACAGAGACCAAAGACGCCCUGGAGGUGGUGAACCAGACCUUGGAUGAGCUGAGGAACAGAGACGCACGCCUGAGAACCAGCCUCGACCAGGUCAGGACCGACCUUAACCACUCACUUGAGGACCCCAUGUGCUCCAGGCCGCCCGUGUCCGCGUACUGUGACGGCAUCAGGCGCUCCCUCUACCAGGUGGACAGCAACCUCGGCUUGGAUCAGCUCCCAUCCUUGAGCAAUCAACUUGACAGUGUUAAAGACAUCUUGAAAACAAACGUGACUGGCCUGGUCGAACAGGGCUAUAAGUCCUUUAAUGAAGUACCAGAGAUGGUGCAAAACCAAACCAGUGGGAUCGUUUCAGGCAGCAAAAGGACCUUUGAUUCCAUAGGCUCUACGAUCUCAAGCGUGUCGGGUCAGCUUCCUGUCCAGAGCACAUUAUCAAGUCUGAUGUUUUGCAUCAAUGAGUCAGAAACUUUUAUCAACCAGAAUUUCUCCAAACUGGAGGAAUAUGAAUCUUACCGGUGGCUGGCCUGCCUGGUCGUUUGCUGCCUGCUGACCCUCAUUGUGAUCUUUUUCUACCUGGGGAUGCUGUGUGGCAUUUGUGGCUAUGACAAGCAGGCCACCCCGACCAACAGGGGCUGCGUCUCCAACACCGGCGGCAUCUUCCUCAUGACCGGCGUUGGGAUAACUUUCCUCUUCUGCUGGAUGUUGAUGAUCCUCGUGGUUGUUGCUUUCUUCAUCGGUGGCAAUGUUGAAAAGCUCGUCUGUGAACCCUACGAAAACAAGAAGCUGUUCCAGGUCUUGGACACACCGUACUUACUACAUGAUAAGUGGAGAUACUACCUCUCGGGCCUGUUAUUCCAGAAUGAUUCUGUCAAGCUCACCUUUGAAAGCGUUUACAGUGACUGCAAAGAAAACAAAGGCAUCUAUACCUCCCUACAGCUUGAGAACCAUUUCAACAUCAGCGCCAGUCUUAACAUUGCAAAUUAUACCCAAGACAUAGACAAACAAUUUGGACAGAUGAACUUCCAACUUGAUGGUUUAGUUCUGCUGGACGACGUGGGAAAACAAAGUCUUAAGGAUUUCAGUGCUUUGGGAUUAGACCAGUUAGAUUAUUCCGCUUUCCUGGCAGAGAUGAGUAAAACCAUCACGAAAGGGGACCUUGAAGCAUUUGCUGAAAAUCUAAGCGCAACAGCAAGCCUUUUGUCUCAAGGAUCUUUGAAGGACUCCCUGACUGUUCACGCCCAGAGUAUCAGAGUAAUCCUCCAACAGCAAGUGAUUCCUCUGGAACGAUCGAUGAAUAUUUUAUCCCAGAACAUCCAGGUGCUUCAACAGACUACCAAAGGAUUGCCGGUGAGGACUACUUUGAUCAUUUUCUCUUUGGAUUCUACACAAGACUUCAUCAAACAUAAUGUUUCUUCUAUAAUUUCAGAAGAAAGUGAGGCCUAUGCACGUAGAAUAAUAGGAUACUUCGACCAUUACCUUGAGUGGAUUAAAGACACUAUCACUAAGAAGAUGGCAGCCUGCAGGCCCGUGGCCACCGCUUUAGAUUCCGCCAUCGACGUCUUUCUAUGUAGCUACAUUGUGGAUCCCUUGAAUCUGUUUUGGUUCGGCAUCGGGAAGGCCACAGUUCUCCUGCUGCCCGCUGUCAUCAUCGCAGUCAAGCUGUCCAAGUACUAUCGCCGCAUGGAGUCCGAGGACGUGUAUCAUGAUGUUGAAACUGUACCCAUGAAAAAUAUGGAAAAUGGUAAUUACGGUUAUCAUAAAGAUCACUUAUAUGGUCUUCACAACCCCGUAAUGACGAGGAUGUCGACAUGGGCGUGA